CUCCUGGGAGAUCGAUUUCCUCAUUACUAUUUAUCUAUCUCUACUACUACUACCUAUUUCAACUUCACUUGCAUCAUAGCUACAUGGAAAAAUUCUUCGUAUUUCCUCGAUCCCGUUUCCUGACUUGAUUCUCCUGCAGCCUAUUGGUGUUUUCUCUCCCUUCAACCGCCCUGUGGAAUUUGGUGGUCUUUUUUUGCUUUUCGGCCCCUGGUUUCUUUUUUUAAAACCCUCUGCGGCCCUGCCACCCACAGAUCUUUUUCCUUUAUUCCCCGUAUUUGCCUUAACUUGUUGACCUAUUGUCCCUGCAUAACCUGCGAGUUUGUGAGUGUGAGAGAGAAGAUACAGUCACUGCUGGCUGCAAGAGAUCCUGUCGUCAAUUCUUAUGGACAGCACCGUCCCAACCCCUCGGGUGUCUCUGUCGUCCUCUGUACGACCGAUCAGCGACCGCGCCGUGCCGGAUGGCUAUCUCGAUUGCAGACAGUUCCUGUAGUCCGAUGAGCUCGUUGGGUCUGUUGUUGGAAGAAAAGGCCGACCAGCCUCCGCGUCCCAAGCAGAGCAUGUGGCAUCGUCUGGGUCUACGUCGAUGGCUGGGCCGCGAUGAUCGAGACCUUUCUUCCCAAUCCCCCGCAGGCAACAAUGUCCCCACUGCGAAACAGCCCAAUUCACCGGCCGCCCACAACAGUCACCACAGUCACCGCAGUCACCAUCAUGACGCAACAUCCCUCUCCUCUCGUCCCAGCAAGCCACACGAUAAUCUCACCCGUCGACUGUCUCGUAAGGUCGGCGUGGGAUUGCCCCGCGCGACAACUUUCAAGCGACAGAAUUCUGAACGACGCGACCGACUGUCACCCACCGAACUCGAACCCCGUCGGACGGUGUCCGCCGACCGUCGUCGCCCCCUGAGUUCGCAGUCCCAGCGAACUAGAUCAUCCCCACCGCCCACUCUCGACCCCAGAUUGUCCGCACCCGAGGUUCAGUGGCGCGACGACCCGGACGAGCCCACGGUUGACCACCGUCCCGAGACGAAUGAGAACGACGAGAUCCGCUCGGAAUGGAACCCUUUCCCUGACGUGACAGAUGUCCCCGAAGAGCCACCGGCCGAGUCGCUUGAGAUGGAGCUGGAAAAGCGUUGGAUCUUGAAUCUGAGCAUGCACUUUCGGGAUCGCUCCGAACGAGAAAAGUUUUUCGUCACCUAUGCAGAGACACCCAACCGCUGGCGGAGAGUCACCAUAUCCUGCGAUUACCGCAGGGCGCCUCUUGAUUCCCUGGAGCAGGACCUCAGAGAGUUACGGUAUCAACGCGACAAAUGUGCACGCAUAUACGAAUCCCUCCGCGAAUCAUUACCCGAAAUCCAGUUCUAUGACACCGUCACCAACCUGAAAUUGGAAACCCGAGACGGUCGGCUGCAUGUGCAUGUCACGGAGGAUGUCAACGAGAUAAUCCCGUACCCGCCGGUCUCUUGUAUUGGGCACUUGCCGGAAGCACGACUCGUUCCCGAAAACCAACUGCACUUCGAGGCCCAUCUCUCUGGGUUCGUGUACAAUGUGCAGCUGGAUGGCAAGGCUUUCAUUAAGAAAGAGAUCCCUGGCCCCGAUACGGUAGACGAAUUCUUGUACGAAAUCAACGCCCUUCAUGCCCUACAAGGUAUUCCGGAUGUUGUUCAGGUAGAGGGUGUUGUGGUAGAUGACGACCAAGAAAUCGUGAAAGGUCUACUCAUCGGCUUUGCCGAGAAGGGCGCAUUGGUUGAUCUCCUAUAUGAGAACCGAGGUACAAUCUCUUGGGACCGUCGAGAACGAUGGGCUAGGCAGAUUGUCCGGGGGCUAUGCGAGAUUCACGAGGCUGGCUACGUGCAGGGGGACUUUACGUUGUCCAACAUUGUGGUGGACGCUGACGACAAUGCCAAGAUCAUCGACAUCAAUCGCCGGGGUUGCCCGGUGGGGUGGGAGCCUCCAGAGAUAGCAGCCAAGAUCGAAAGUAAUCAGCGGAUAUCGAUGUAUAUUGGAGUGAAGACCGAUAUUUUUCAGUUGGGCAUGACCCUUUGGGCGUUGGCGAUGGAGGAAGAUGAGCCGGAGCGCCAGCCACGGCCCCUGAUGCUAGGUGAGGAUGUGGAUGUGCCUGACUACUACCGCAGGCUAGUCUCCAUCUGUUUGAGCCCGGUUCCUCGUCAUCGGCUAUCCGCAAAGGAGCUGCUGAGACUGUUUCCACGCGAGCGAGGAGUGAUGCUCUCGACUGUUUCCCCUUUACCACACACGCAAAGCGGUCUUGGUGUAGCGUUACACAAUGACACCCUCCCGAUGUACGACGCCCACACGACAUUUCUCUUCGAGCAACGACAACCGGUGGAUACCGGCAGAUACGCCUCUGGUGGACAACAUCGCCCAGGUCGCACAUACAGGCAAGAUGCAAACGGAGAUUUCGACCCUCCUUCUCUUAAUAGCGAGCAGCUCCCCGAGCCUGGGAUUUGGGAGCAGUCACCUCAUCAUGAAAAUAUGACCACGGAGGGUGGCUUGGCGGCGAUAGAGUCGCGGAGGCUAAGCGGACAUGCAUAUUCAGGAUCAACUGCAGCCGGAAAUUUCAGCCACGCAAUGAUGGAGAACGGUCCGGACUCGUAUGGUACAACUCUUCGAGGGUUAGAUGGAAAUGAUUUUGGGCUAGAUCCGACUGAUGAAUGCUAUCGCAAGUACGCUAUCGACCACGCGGAUGACACGCACUCGAAUACAGGCGGCUUCUUUGGCGAACGUAAAGAGGUGGAUAUCAACUCGGCAUACUCGCUUAAGCCCCUCUCGCUGACUACACUAUCGGAGAACGGGAGGCUGCAGGAAUCUCCGAUCUCCUUGGCAGCAACGCAGUCGACCGAUUUGUAUCCAGCUCCAUUGACAGAUCUCGGCCACGCCCUUAUGGACGACCCAGAUUGGUCUGUUCAAGAGUCUUCGCGCUCGGUCUCAUCUCUCAUGCACUCGAUUCUACCAAUAAAUCCUGCGUCUGACUCUUGCGAACGGAAGAAGUUGGACGCUGAGACUGACCAAUUUGCCCACCUCAGCAUUCGUUCGGCCCUGGGAUAUGCUCCCCGGCAGAGCGUUCACGAACCAACCAAUUACUUAUGCGACUCGCAUCUGCCAAUCAACCCCGCACUUGAAGAGAAGACAGCAGCAUUUGUAUGACACGGAACAGGUGAAUACAUCUAGAUCAGCCCUUCACAGGACAGUCACGAGUU